AUGGUUGAUGUUCAGGUCUCCUGUCAGAAGCCAGGUUUCACUAAGGAUGUGAACGUUAGCCCUGCCAAGGAUGUGAACGUUAGCCCUGCUAAGGAUGUGAACAUUAGCCCUGCUAAGGAUGUGAACAUUAGCCCUGCUAAGGAUGUGAACAUUAGCCCUGCCAAGGAUGUGAACAUUAGCCCUGCUAAGGAUGUGAACAUUAGCCCUGCAAAGACCAAGGAUGUGAACGUUAGCCCUGCCAAGGAUGUGAACAUUAGCCGUGCUAAGACCAAGGAUGUGAACGUUAGCCCUGCCAAGGAUGUGAACGUUAGGCCUGCUAAGGAUGUGAACAUUAGCCGUGCUAAGACCAAGGAUGUGAACGUUAGCCCUGCCAAGGAUGUGAACGUUAGCCCUGCCAAGGAUGUGAACAUUAGCCGUGCUAAGACCAAGGAUGUGAACGUUAGCCCUGCCAAGGAUGUGAACGUUAGCCCUGCUAAGGAUGUGAACAUUAGCCGUGCUAAGACCAAGGAUGUGAACGUUAGCCCUGCCAAGGAUGUGAACGUUAGGCCUGCUAAGGAUGUGAACAUUAGCCGUGCUAAGACCAAGGAUGUGAACGUUAGCCCUGCCAAGGAUGUGAACGUUAGCCCUGCCAAGGAUGUGAACAUUAGCCCUGAUAAGACCAAGGAUGUGAACGUUAGCCCUGAUAAGACCAAGGAUGUGAACGUUAGCCCUGCUAAGGUCAAGGAUGUGAACGUUAGCCCUGCUAAGACCAAGGAUGUGAAUGUUAGCCCUGCUAAGACCAAGGAUGUGAACGUUAGCCCUGCUAAGACCAAGGAUGUGAACAUUAGCUCUGCUAAGACCAAGGAUGUGAACAUUAGCCCUGCUAAGACCAAGGAUGCUAAGGAUGUGAACAUUAGCCGUGCUAAGACCAAGGAUGUGAACAUUAGCCCUGCUAAGGCUAAGGAUGUGAACAUUAGCUGUGCUAAGACCAAGGAUGUGAACAUUAGCUGUGCUAAGACCAAGGAUGUGAACAUUAGCCGUGCUAAGGCCAAGGAUGUGAAUAUUAGCCCUGCUAAGGCCAAGGAUGUGAACAUUAGCCGUGCUAAGACCAAGGAUGUGAAUAUUAGCCGUGCUAAGACCAAGGAUGUGAACAUUAGCCGUGCUAAGACCAAGGAUUUGAACAUUAGCCGUGCUAAGACCAAGGAUGUGAACGUUAGCCCUGCUAAGGAUGUGAACAUUAGCCGUGCUAAGACCAAGGAUGUGAACGUUUGCCCUGCCAAGGAUGUGAACAUUAGCCGUGAUAAGACCAAGGAUGUGAACAUUAGCCCUGCUAAGGUCAAGGAUGUGAACGUUAGCCCUGCUAAGACCAAGGAUGUGAACAUUAGCCGUGCUAAGACCAAGGAUGUGAACAUUAGCCGUGCUAAGACCAAGGAUGUGAACGUUAGCCGUGCUAAGACCAAGGAUGUGAACGUUAGCCGUGCUAAGACCAAGGAUGUGAACGUUAGCCCUGCUAAGGAUGUGAACAUUAGCCGUGCUAAGACCAAGGAUGUGAACGUUUGCCCUGCCAAGGAUGUGAACAUUAGCCGUGCUAAGACCAAGGAUGUGAAUGUUAGCCCUGCCAAGGAUGUGAACGUUAGCCCUGCCAAGGAUGUGAACAUUAGCCCUGAUAAGACCAAGGAUGUGAACAUUAGACCUGCUAAGGUCAAGGAUGUGAACGUUAGCCCUGCUAAGACCAAGGAUGUGAAUGUUAGCCCUGCUAAGACCAAGGAUGUGAACGUUAGCCCUAUUAAGACCAAGGAUGUGAACAUUAGCUCUGCUAAGACCAAGGAUGUGAACAUUAGCCCUGCUAAGGCUAAGGAUGUGAACAUUAGCCCUGCUAAGGCUAAGGAUGUGAACAUUAGCUGUGCUAAGACCAAGGAUGUGAACAUUAGCCCUGCUAAGGCUAAGGAUGUGAACAUUAGCCGUGCUAAGACCAAGGAUGUGAACAUUAGCCGUGCUAAGACCAAGGAUGUGAACAUUAGCCCUGCUAAGGCCAAGGAUGUGAACGUUAGCCCUGCUAAGGCUAAGGAUGUGAACAUUAGCCCUGCUAAGGCUAAGGAUGUGAACAUUAGCCCUGCUAAGGCUAAGGAUGUGAACAUUAGCCCUGCUAAGGCUAAGGAUGUGAACAUUAGCCCUGCUAAGGCUAAGGAUGUGAACAUUAGCCCUGCUAAGGCUAAGGAUGUGAACAUUAGCCGUGCUAAGACCAAGGAUGUGAACAUUAGCCGUGCUAAGACCAAGGAUGUGAACAUUAGCCGUGCUAAGACCAAGGAUGUGAACGUUAGCCCUGCCAAGGAUGUGAACAUUAGCCGUGCUAAGACCAAGGAUGUGAACGUUAGUCCUGCCAAAGAUGUGAACGUUAGCCCUGCUAAGGAUGUGGACAUUAGCCCUGCUAAGGCUAAGGAUGUGAACAUUAGCCGUGCUAAGACCAAGGAUGUGAACAUUAGCCGUGCUAAGACCAACGAUGUGAACAUUAGCCCUGCUAAGACCAAGGAUGUGAACGUUAGCCCUGCCAAGGAUGUGAACAUUAGCCGUGCUAAGACCAAGGAUGUGAACGUUAGCCCUGCCAAGGAUGUGAACGUUAGCCCUGAUAAGACCAAGGAUGUGAACGUUAGCCCUGCUAAGACCAAGGAUGUGAACGUUAGCCCUGCUAAGACCUAG